AUGUCAGAGAUGGACAUAAUCGAGGCGCUAGAAGACGAAGAAGAAGAAGAAACCGAAGAAGCGACGGCCGAUUUUGAAGAAGAUUUGUCGACGAAAGAUGCCCCAGCUAAUGAGGAAGAAGACGACGACGACGGAGGCUCCAGUGGCGAGGAUGUGGACAACUGGGUCGGCGGAAAAGGCGAUAAGGGAGGAGAUGGUGGCGGCAAAGCUGUUGAUUAUGCUGAGGACGCAGUUAUGCUCCAAAUGGAAGAUGAUGAGAUAGAAGCAGAGGCUGCUGAUGAUGCUGAAGAGUCCUCAGGACCAAGCGGGGAUGACGAUACGGAUGAUGAGAUCGAAGCGGAGUACCACAUGAUGGCCAACGGCGUCGACGCGGAAUUCUUAGGGUUCGAGUACGCUAAUACUGAAGAGAGUAGCUUUGUGAAUACGCAGCGACACUCGACCUACACCACGAGCUCCCAGAAACUUAAGAUGGACGAAAUUGUCAAGAAGAUUUUACAUCCGCUUUCUAUCAAGGAUAGUUUUCAAGAAAAAAUAAAUUAUGGUCAUUUUUGA